AUGGGGCUCAUCAACGGCCUAACAGAAGGACCUUUUAGCCACUCAAUAUCCAAUAAGCACCCAACAUCUCUAAACGAGGUUCAAGAAAGGGCAGAAAAGUACAUCAACAUAGAGGAGAAUUUCCGAUUGGGAGAUAACUCAAAAACCAGAAUCUCCUACCCACCUCAAGACAGGGAUAAGGAAUCCCGGAAGAAAGAAGACCAACCCACUGAGAAACCUAGAAAGUACCACAACUACACCCCCCUUCGAGUGUCCCUUGUAAACGUUUACCGAGAGAUAUGCAACACUGAGAAAAUUCUCCCGCCUCGCCCAAUUAAACACAAAAGAGAAGGAAGUCGGACAAAGUAUUGCGAAUACCACCGAAUCUAUGGACAUUCCACCAACGAGUGCUUCGACCUAAAGAACGUCAUAGAAAAAUUAGCACGAGAAGGGCGACUUUAUCGGUUCUUAGCCAAUAAAAUGGAUGAACUGAGAAAGAAAAGAAGGGAUGAAGAGGUCGGACGAAUUGAACGUCUACCUCACACCCCUGAAAGACAUAUUCAUAUGAUAAAUGGAGGAUUCGCAGGAGGAAGGAUCUCUAAAUCAUCCCGCAAAAGACACCUUAAAGAGGUAUAUCAUGUCGGAGAAAGGUAUAAGUCAUCUGACCUCCCCACUAUUACCUUCACUCAAGAAGACGCCACCGGCAUCAUCCCAAGGCAUGAUGAUCCCAUUGUCAUCACCAUCAUACUCGCCAACGCUAAUCUCCACCGAACGUUGGUAGACUAA